AUGACUGCUCGUUCGUUGUUUCAGGUUCGAAUGCGACGGAUCUUCACUGUCAUUAGCAAAAAAGAUCGUCUACUGUCGUGUUUUUUAUGUAUGCGUUGGCGACUAGAUACCAAAGCGGAUCAUAACAAAGGGUUGAAUUUAAAAAGUGAACUUGAAUCUGAAGAAAUGUCGACAUCCUCUCGAGUUGAAGUUAUUACUCCUGGGGGAACAGUCCACCAUUCGUGUGUCCCGGAACCUCCAGAUCCCGCGACAUGUUGCGGAUCCGGAUGCGCAAAUUGUGUAUGGAUAGAGUAUGUUACCGAACUAAUGCGUUACCAUAGUGACCGUCCUUCGCAUGAAAUUUUGAGUGAAAUUGACAGAGCAGUCUCAAACAUUGGUCUUCGGGAGUUCGUUAAAGCAGAAAUCCGCACACGUGCGAAGUCUCAGUGA